CCGGCCCGGCGGCGGCCGCGGCGCCCCGAGACACCUGCCCGCUCCUCUCCGCCUGCCGAGUCGCAGCGCUCCUUCCGCGCCGGCCUCGGCGCCGCCUGUCACCGUCCCCGCCGUGCUCCGGCGCGGGCAGGCCCCGGGCCCUUUCCCCCCCUCCCCCGGGGGGGUGGGCUCCGCUCCGGAAUCCUGGCCGCUCCCUCCGCGCCGCCCGCCCAGCCGGGGCUGCUCCCGCCGCCGCCGGGAAGCGCGGGGAGUCCCCGGCGGCCGCCCGGCCUCCGCCGUGACAUAGGAAGUAAAAUAAUACUAAUGAAGCAACCAUUUCCCUGAAGUUUGAUUUUUCAGACUCGCUGCCAUAAUGGACGAGCAGCAAGCUUUGAAUUCAAUCAUGCAGGAUUUGGCUGUGCUUCAUAAGGCCAGUCGUCCUGUAUUGCCCCAGCAAGAAACAGGAAAACCAAAGUCAUCCUCCCCUAAAAAACAGAAUGAUGUUAGAGUCAAAUUUGAACAUCGAGGUGAAAAAAGGAUCCUGCAAUUACCAAGGCCUGUUAAACUUGAAGAUCUUGCAGCUAAAGCUAAAGUUGCUUUUGGACAGACUAUGGAUUUACAUUACAGCAAUAAUGAGCUUGUAAUUCCAUUAACCACACAGGAUGACCUGGACAAAGCUGUUGAACUACUUGACCGCAGUGUACAUAUGAAGAGUCUCAAGAUACUGCUUGUAAUACAUGGAAAUACACAGUCACCCAGUGUAAAUAACGUGGAACCCUUGCCCUCACUGGAAGAUUUAGAUAAUACAGUGUUUGGUGUGACAGACAGAAAAAGGCGACUGUCUGUAUUAGGUUCUAAUACUCGUGAUAGGAGUUCACCUCCCCCAGGGUACAUUCCAGAUGAGCUGCAUCAGGUGGCUCGAAAUGGAUCCUUCACCAGUAUCAACAGUGAGGGUGAAUUCAUUCCGGAAAGUAUGGAUCAGAUGCUGGAUCCAUUGUCUUUGAGCAGUCCUGAAAACUCUGGCUCGGGAAGCUGUCCCUCGCUUGACAGCCCAUUAGAUGGGGACAACUAUCCCAAGUCUCGGAUGCCAAGAGCACAGAGCUAUCCAGAUAAUCAUCAGGAAUUCUCAGUAGAGUAUGAUAUCCCAAUAUUUGAGAAAUUUGGAAAGGGGGGGACUUAUCCCAGAAGAUACCAUAUUUCAUAUCAUCAACAAGACUACAAUGAUGGUCGUAAAACUUUUCCAAGAGCCAGAAGGACUCAGGGCAACAACUUCCGAUCUCCGGUUAGUUUCAGUCCCACUGAUCACUCGCUGAGCACCAGCAGUGGGAGCAGCGUCUUUACGCCGGAAUACGAAGAUAACCGAAUGAGGAGGAGGGGCAGUGACAUAGACAAUCCUACCUUGUCAGUCAUGGAUAUCAGCCCACCCAGCCGCUCACCACGAGCUCCAACUAACUGGAGACUUGGUAAACUGCUGGGUCAAGGUGCAUUUGGCAGAGUAUAUCUGUGUUACGAUGCUGACACUGGAAGAGAACUGGCUGUUAAACAAGUUCAGUUUGAUCCCGAUAGUCCGGAAACCAGCAAGGAAGUAAAUGCACUUGAGUGUGAGAUUCAGUUGCUGAAAAAUCUGCUGCAUGAAAGAAUUGUUCAGUAUUAUGGCUUUCUGAGAGAUCCACCUGAAAGGACACUCUCAAUAUUCAUGGAGUACAUGCCUGGGGGUUCCAUCAAAGACCAAUUGAAAUCAUAUGGAGCACUCACAGAGAACGUGACUCGUAAAUACACACGGCAGAUUUUGGAAGGAGUUCACUAUUUGCACAGUAAUAUGAUUGUCCAUCGAGAUAUUAAAGGAGCAAAUAUUCUGAGGGAUUCAGCGGGCAAUGUGAAGCUUGGUGACUUCGGUGCCAGCAAACGACUGCAGACUAUCUGUCUGUCUGGUACGGGAAUGAAGUCUGUCACAGGAACUCCCUACUGGAUGAGUCCUGAAGUUAUUAGUGGAGAAGGGUACGGCAGAAAAGCAGACAUCUGGAGUGUAGGUUGCACAGUGGUGGAAAUGCUCACUGAGAAGCCCCCGUGGGCAGAGUUCGAAGCCAUGGCUGCCAUCUUUAAAAUUGCCACUCAGCCAACCAACCCCCAGCUCCCUCCUCACGUCUCCGACCACGCUCGGGAUUUCUUGAAACGGAUUUUUAUCGAGGCCAAGCUGCGACCGUUUGCAGAUGAACUGCUAAGACACACGUUUGCACACUAUCACUAAUACCUGCCUCAACUCAGCUUGCAUCUACUGCAUUUAUUUUCUAUUUGACUGCACUUUUAUUUUUUAUUUUUUACAAAGAAAAAGGAGAAAAAAGACAAGAGAGAGAAUAUUCUCUUGAAUCUUUGUUUUACUUAGAUUGUAAACAAUCUAAAAUUUGUAUCUAAAAUGAGAAUCUUCUCUCCCCCGCUCCCACCAGGACUAGAACUUUUUGUUUCUAUAAUGUACUGAUGUGGUUGAUGUAGAUAAAGCACUUUAGUACAUAUUUGUUCCUUAUUUAAAGAGGAAAAAAAUUACAAAUGCUUGGACAGUCAGGAACUGUGUGACUUUUUCUGACACCGCUGACUGACUCAGGGUGCAGGGAAAAAUAGACAUGCAGCUAAAGGACAUGAAGGUUACUUCUAUGUGAUUCUUAUCUAUAUUGUAGGUACUUGCAGCAGAGAGUUCUAAGUUCUUACUAUAUUUUAACAUUUAAUCAGUUUCUGGAAUGUACAGUUUAAGCAGGAACAUGUGGUUCUGAUGAACCUGGAAGAAAUUUGACAAAAAUUGAUGAAGUUGGGAGAACUUGGAACUCUUUGUACAGCAGCAUGUCUAGCUGGUACUUCUAUGUGACCAAAAGAAAAUAAAAACGAACUCAAAACUGAUGUACUAGUUAGAGGUUUUGGUGUAGAAUUAUUGUAUUAUCUUAAUAUGAAAAUAAUUACAGGUAAACAGAUUAUGGGCCCAGACUCCUAGAAACUACUAUACUGCAAAGGGGAAAUUUCCCAUGCUAGACAAGGGUCAGCUAUUGGAUGUAAAUAGUUAGGAGAAUGCCUCCUGCUCUACCUGCCAAAGAGAACCUCUGUAGCAUAAGCUUUGAGGGAGACAGUUAUCUUAGCUGAUAAAAAAUACUGAUGUUGAGGGUCAGUUCUCCUCCACAGUCCCAUGAAUGGCUGCAGGGGAAAGGGAAUGACUAAUCCUUGUGCAGUAUAUGAGUUACUGGAUUCAGAAUGAGCUAUAAGAAAUGUUUUUAAAGCUGUUGAGAGGUGCUAGAAUGGAAUGUAUGUCAACAUCAAGUGCCUGAAUAAUAUAAAAUUCUUCCCAUUCUGCACUAAAAAAAAUUGGUUUAGUAAUGCAGGUCAGUCAUCUAGGAUGUGUUGAAAAUUCCUGAAAUAAAGUCAAACAUCUCUUAACAUCAGGAAUGAGUCACUGAGAAAGCUAAGACUCCAGUUAUAUUUUUAAUAAAGUUGCACUGAUGAAUCCUAUGAAGAAGGAGGCACAGUACAGAAAAUUGUACAAAGAACAGGCCAAAAGUGCAGAGAGAGCCAGCAAUUAAAUAACAUGAGUGUGAUUAUUCUAGCCUGAUAAUCCAGAUUGGUGUUUGUCAGAUUUCCAACUGUCAUAAAGUGUACAUUAAUUACUUUUUCUAUUUCUGAAAUAGCAUAAUAAAAGAAGUAAAAAUCUGAAAUAUUGCUUCUCAGUUGAGAAGCCCAGGUACUGAUCAGGUGUAGUGAAUAACUGUCCUUUCACAACAGAAAAAUCAGACUCUCAUAUUUUUGUAGAAGAAAAUAGAUAAUUAAAGGGGCAUUUGGAAAUAAACUAUUGGACGACAGAACUGAAAUUAUGUUUACUGUUUUGGAUUAUUCAUUGCUUGCUUUUGUUGUUUUUUAAAGGCAGAGCAGGCUGGUACUGUGACCCUUGUCUAGUUUGACAAGGCUCUACCUGUUCUGCAUCUUUAAAGGACUAUCAGGUUUACAAAAUUUAUGGAGACAGAACAAUAAGCUUACCCAUUCCCACAGUCACUCACAUAUGAGAUUUCUGAAUUUAUUCUGCUGAAUUCCAUAUGUUUUACCAGAGCAUAAGCAGGAGUAUGGAUAUAUCCUAAUCACUUUACCUGUAAUGGAGUAAGAAUGACUUUUUUUGGCCAUGUCUCCAGAGACUGAAAGUGGUGACUUCUUCAGCUUAUGUGAGCAUUUUACCCAACUCAUAAUUUUCUCAGUCAGGGUCCACAACUGUGCAAGGCUUCCUGAGCACAGGAAGAAUUAGUCAGACCAGGAAAAGUGUAAAAGGCUGAAAGGAAAGGCAGCUUGUACUGACUUUUUUUUUGUUUCUCUGUCACUAGAUAAAAGCUAUGAAGCAGCCUUUAAGAAGAAUUGGUAUGUACUCUGCUGUAAGGGACCUUUGCUUUAUAAGCAAAAUAUAGUGACAGUAGGAAUGGGAAGUUUAAUGUAGAACCUAAUAGUUUAUGUAGGUAAUUUUCAAGAUCAUGUAAUUGAAAUAAUUGAUUUCAGACUAAGAAGGUACCAAAACCAAGGUAAAAAUGUAUAUAAAAAUCUGUAGUGGUCAGUGAUUCCUGAAAAGGUAAGGAAAUUUUAUAUUACCAAAAAAGGACAUUAAAGGGAAAAUGUAACCGGGUUUAUCUGUAGCAUUCAUAACAUUUAAAUAUACUAUUCUAAAGAGAAACUGCACUCUCUGAAGCUUGAAAAUUUUCAGAAUCUAGUUUUCUUAUAAUGUGACCUUUCUGUGAGACAGUGCUGGAUCAUGUAUAUUGCAAUAUCACUUCCUUGUUGUGAUUUUUAAUUACUGAACAAUCAAGUUUGCUGCUUUUGUGCCUUUUCUAAAAAAAAAAUGGCAUUCAGUCAUGACAACGGUCAGCAUUUUGGAGCCAGGAAGAAAGCAACUUUCAGAAUACAUUUUUCAUCAUGUCUUUGGCAGGUCAGAAAGCUGCCAAUGUAAAGACUGUGCUUCUUAAAUGAAGUUGACAUUUUCCAGUUCGAGUGAUUCUAGUAAAAUUUUACAAAUAUAACCAAGGUUAUGCUUGGGCUAGUUUUUUUUCACCCUAAGGAGAAUUUCUCUGCUGACUUAAAUAACUUAGAGUAAAUUUUUUGAGCUAGAAAUAAUUUGAGCUAGAAAUAAUUGUGAAGCUAAAUCAGACUUUUACCAAGAGGUUGGCUAUUACUUACCCCUAGUGUGGUAAUGUAGUAAAGCAAGCUGUUUUACAGGGUUUGUUAAACACUUACAGGGACUCCUGGAGUGAUGGUGAAUGACCCCUCAUUCUAGAAUUUGUGAGGUUGCAUGGAAUUUCAUGCUUUAAAUUCCAUUGGAGGAGGAUUGCAGAGCCAAGAUCCCUACUCGCAACUUCUUGUAUCUCACUUAAAAAGCCACCAGCAUUUUAGAGUACAAAUUGGUCUUAAUUGUUGAAUCCAGUUAUAAAAAAAUGCCAGUGAAAGUAAUACUGCUGCAGGGUUGGUUUGUUUUUCUGUAAAUGCCACAAUGAAGCUGUACUCUAAAGAAAUAAGGGUUGAAAUUCACGGUGAGUAUGUGGAUUUUCAAAAGUCUUACUUAUCUAAUGAUUUUUAGUAUUCUUGCUGUUUUACAUACUAAAUGACAAAAGCUACUUCUGUGGUAUAGUUUUAAUGGUGUAACUAACAGCCCUGUUAGAGCUUGACUCAAGGUUUAACUUGUGCUGUGUUGGAGAAAGUUGCUUAUUUUUUAUUUGGGUGAUAGAAAUAUCCAUGGAAGAACCCAAAAAGGCAUGGAUCUAAUAAUUGCAUAGUUAAAUCUACAGACUUCUUUUCUUGACAGUUUAAAUAUAGUAUUAAGACUUCUAACUUGAUUUCCAAUUCGAUUUGUAGCUAAAUAGUCCUUUCAGUAAAAUAAAAUGAAAACUUUGGGGUUUUUUUAGCUAGUGCCUUUUUCUCUGUAUGCCUUAAUUUUGGUCAUGUUGGAACACCAUAUUGAAAUAUGUCAUACAAUUCCAUGUCACCAAAGCAGUCUUAGAGAAUGGUUUUUUUCAAAGUGCCCAAAGCAGAGCUUGCCUAACUGCAUUGAAAAGUGUGCUGGAGUUAUAAUCUGCAGCAGUCAUUCAAAUUCAGAAUUUAAAAGUGAUUUUUGGCUUCCUGUGCUAAUACAUGUUUUGUAUUUGCAUUCUGGAUAUUGUACACCAAUGUACAUGCCAGAAAGAGGAUUUGUCUGCAUUCACCUAAGUAACUGGAUUGUCAGGAUUUGGCUUCCUGGCUCUGGAUACCAGACUCUGCAGCAGAGUUUCUUAUUGGGCUUGAAAACAAAGUUGGUACAUUUUUAAGUGUGGUACUGUAUUAAAAGCUGUUUACUUUCAGUGCACAGGAAUAUGAUCUCUCAAGCCAACCAACAGAUUUCUUUCCUGUGCCUUGUGGAUAAUCCUAAUCCUGCCAUUGUCUUGACUGAAAGCCUUGUAGCACCCAUAGGUACAGUGCAGUACAGCAAGCCAUUCUUUUGGACAGCAUAGAGCAAUGUCUAACUGCAGCUUCAGAGACUUGAGCAAAUUGGUCAGAUCUACAGUUAUUUAUAACCAAUUUCUUACUUUUUUAAUCUUGAAAGACUGUGUCACGCAUAUAGAAAAGUAUAAUGUGUGUGCUUGAAUGUAAGUCCCUAUGGUGUUUCUGGAAAAGCAAAAGUAUUGCCGCCAGUGUCAUUUCUUCUUGCUGGUAACUUGCUGUCUUGUGGCAAUGACAAGUCUGCAGUGUAGAAUCACAUACAAUUACCAAAGCUUUUCUAUCCCAUAUACAUAUAGCCAAAAGUGAUGUUUCAUGUCUCUUAUAAAUAGUGUGUAUCCACCAGUAAGCUGUUGCUGACUGAGUAAAGCAGGUACUAGUAAAAAGUGAUAGACACUGCCCAUAUUUCAAACAUGUGGGUGUUUAUAGUUGCUGUUUGAUACGCAAAACUCAUGCUUGUAUUAAAAUGAAGAGUUUUCUUUUUAAAAGCUCUUUCUAAUUUAAUCUUACUGUCGUCAUUCUAAAAUUACUGCAUAAGCUUGAUGACUGAAACCUGGUGACUUUUGUAGCUGGGUUUGAGCUUGAUGACUAAAACCUGGUGACUUUUGUAGCUGGGUUUGAGCCUUGGGACAUUUCAGGAGCACCAUGAAGAUAAAAUUGUGACCUGAUCUGUUCUGUGCACCAUAGUGAGAAUGUUCCAAAGCUGUGGGAAGCGGCCAGUCCUCUUUAUGUGACAUCCAGAUGUCACCCACAGUUACUUGGAUGUGAGUGCUGCCUUCAAGAGGAGCCACUAAUGUGCACUGAGGGGUUAGACAGGUUUGCUAUCAAGCCAGGGUUCCUGAAUCAAAAUCUGUGAUCAGAAACAAAGGAGCUCUUUUCUCAUUUGAUAUCCCCCACUUGGCCCACACCAUUUAUUUUUCUUUCUAGCUGGCAAAGCUUAAGUCCUGCAUAGGUGGUGGCCUGUGAUAGCUCCUGAGUAAGGUGUGUGUCCAGCUUUAGACCAGGGAGCCCAUCACUUGAACCCAGGAUGCUGCAGCUCCCAGUUUGCUGGUGCAAUCCUUUGGUUUCCUCUAGCAAUAUAUAUGUGUACAGAGUUGGGAGGUAGAUGAGGUGGAGGAAAUGAUAUUUCUCAUGUUUCAGAGCAGUCACAUCUUGGCUAGGGCUUAGUUUUCAGAAACUUAUUUUAAAGGGAGAGGACUUGGAUUAAAUGUCAUAAAAAAUGUAUCUUAUCGUUCAGCCCUUACGUUGAGUUUACAGGUACGAAUUGGAGGUCAGGGUCUUCUGUUGAGAAAUAAGAAAAAGGAUACUCCAGCUCAUGAGUGGAUAGUCAUAGGAAAUAUAUCAGAGCUUUUUGUGCUUUUUACCCAAAAAUAGAUGAUCCUUUUUCCCCAGAGGUUUGUAUAAUGUGGAUAUAAAAACAAGGAUUGCGUUUUCUUUUCUGAACAGCCAUUAGAUUGUCAGUUGCCUAGUGUUUGCUUCUUGUUAAUACCAGUAAAAGAAGGUGGUGUCACCCUAAAAUUGGAAUGGUUUAUAAAGCAUAGUGUCUGUCAUCUCAGACCUCGCAGGCGUUGUAUAAUGGAGUAUCACUGUAAAUAUGUGGAGGAGACUUAGAUUAAUUGGAACGUAGGAUUUUAGUUUUCAUGAAGCUAUGAAUAAAAAUUUGUAAAUUUACUCUUGAUCUAAUGUACAUUUUUAUGUAGCCAUUAAAUUCUCUAUUUAAUCUAUCAGUUUCUCACUGUAAAUGUUUUUACUCUCAGUUGAAUGCUGGGCACAGUUUGUAAUGUAUGUACACAAAGGUGUUUUUUUCUAUCAACGUUGACUUUUUUGCACAUUUUUGGAAAUAUUUAAUUUGUACACUGAUUUAAUACUCUGACCAAUUGUCGAUGGGUGUAUGAGAAUCACGUGUGUGUGCAAUGUACUACUGUCUGGAUGUAUGGGGUUUUUUAUUACUUCUGAGAUGUUGCUGCCAGUAACUGCACUGCUGUUGCUGCUUUACAUGGAAUAUCUUGUGUGUAUAAAAAAGAUAAAAACAAUUUAAAAAUUAGCUUAUGGUUAUCAUGGUUGAGGAACUCAGGAGUUGGGCAUUGCUUGCUGGUUCCAUUGUCUAACAGCCUUCCAAAGUUAAAAACAACCAAUCAACCCCGCCUUGUAAUUCUGUGUAUGCAUUGAAUGUGUGUGUAUAUAUAUUCCAGUAAUCUUAUUCCACAAUUUCAUUUCUACAUUUUUAUGAACUUGUUUUUUAAGGGUACUAUGUUUAGUUAGAAUAAUUAAAUAUAUAAAAGCUUUGAGAGAUGAUUUACUAGAUAAAUAUAUUUUCAGCUGGCUGAUGUUCAAAAUAUUUUUUUAAUUUUUGUUUUUAACCAUUCGAAAUGUAUUUGUAUUUCCAAAAUCAGACACGAAUUGUACUUAGAAAUAUAUUAAAACACUCUGUAGGGACAACA